GGAGAUGAAGACAUUGUGCUGAUCCGUAACAGCGGAGGUAGUUUGCCAGAUCGCUUGAGCUUCUUUCAACGAGCGGGCUCAGCGUACUCAGAGUCGUCCUCGCUACUCUACGUCCCAGGAAAGGUCUUCGCCCAUAUGGUCGUCGGCUUGGUCACCGAUGAUACCAAGCUCGAUGCUUUGGUAGUGCAAAUCAAUGAUGGCAUCAACAUGGCGCUGCAGAAUCCCUUGUUGUCCAGCUCGUUUAUUCCCGACACCGACUUUGUGGACAGCACGACUCGCCUCGCGCUCGCCGACGUCGAUGGCUCGACCUCGCUCGACCUCGUCGUUGCUCAUCCAAGCUACAACGCCAUCAUGUGGUUCAACAACACUGACGGGAACGCUGCCUGGGGCUCUCAAGAGGUUUUGUUUGCCGUCGAGUCCCCGCUUGCGCUCUCCAUCGCCGACGUCAACAAUGACGGUUUCCUCGAAUACCUCGUUCUCUCCAAACGUGGCGAUGGCGCCCACGUGCUUCUCAUUGCCUACGGCUCUGCAUAUGCCACGUACUCCACACUCGAGAUCACCACCGCCGUCGGCAGCGACUCGGAUAUCGCCUUUGCCGAUGUCGACAACGAUGGCGAUCUUGACGUUGCUUUCUCAUCCGCCAGCGGCGACCUCGCCUGGGUGGCCAACACUGAUGGCGUCAUCAGCACCAAUGUCACCAUUGCGGUGCCCGCUUUUGCUGGGCGUGUACCGCUCUUUAUGAUGCGCGAUCUCGACGCCGAUGGUGUUGUCGACGUCACCAUGCAUGUUCCACUCGCUGCCAAUGGCUCGCUCAACUGGGCUCGCGGCCUGGCCGACACUCCGGGCACCUUUGCGCCGCCUGUGCCUAUCAUCGACUUUCCAACACCAACAGCAUUGCAUUUAUCGACCACGACUCGGAUGCCAUGCCCGACGUCGUCGUCUCGUCCACACAGGCUGGUGCCUCGGUCUUCCCACAUGCCCUCGGUCGCGGCCGAUUCGACGCCGCAAGCGUCAUGCCCAAUACCGCCUACAUCGCGGCCUUCUCGGUCGAAAUCGGCAUAACGGCACCACGCACCAUGCCAGGCCUCGUCACCGCUAGCUACAACGGUUCGGCGCACCUUGUUACCACCUACAGCGCGGAUGAAGAUGCUGGCUUAAGCAGGCAUGUCGUCGCUCUCGAAGACGCCAUACCGCGCGUUGUCAUUCCUGCCGAUGUCGACGGAGACAGCCAUGCCGAGUUGGUCGCUGUUCUCGAUGGCUCCCCAUCUCGGGUCCGUCUUUAUCGAUCGGCAUUGGGCGGCAGCACUGCGGCCACCAUCGCCACCUUCAGUGAACCCGGUGGCUUCGGGCUGGCGGUCGCCGACGUGAACGCGGACGGCAGCCUCGACAUCGCUGUCACGCUCACCGCUGGUGGUAUCGGCAUCCUCCUCAAUGACGGCGCCGGCAGCUUUACAGACGCACCAUCGGCCUCACCACCAGACUUUGCCAACUGGCGCUGGCUUCUCUUUGCGCCGCUCAGUAGCUCCUACCCAGACCUGGUCGCUGCUUCGGCAACGGGCGACCGAGUUGUCUGGUUCGGGAACGACGGCUCUGGCAAUUUUGGCACCGCCAACAACAUUACUCUCCCGGGCGUCGUGUCCCACGUCACCGCCGCCGACGUUGACGUCGACGGCAACGUUGACCUCAUCCUCUCGCGCAAGAGCCUUGCACGGGUUCACAUCUUUGUCAACCCAGCUGGUAACGGGGCCUUUUCCACCCUGGCAUCGCUCGUUACUGAUGACCGCCCCGCUUCUGCAACCGUUGCAGACUUUGACCGCAACAACCUUCCGGACAUCCUCGUCAUUUCGGCAAACGGCAACAGCCUCGGCCUCUUUAUGCAGACCUCGCCUGGAGAGUUUACCGACUAUCCACGAACCACACUCGUUGAUGGCACCGCGCCCAACACUGGCCUGCUCGCCGCUGGCGUCCUCUCGCUCGACGGCCAUGCCGAUGCUGUGUUUUCUGCGGCAAACUCGUUCAUGUACUUGCCCUGGCUCCGUGGUCCAUUCGCUCCGCGCGUGCCAUGGGUCGUGGACAUGCCGGACUGCCCUUCGCUUAGCUUUAUCGCUUGCAUCGUCCCGCUCCUCCGCGUUCCACACUCGAGCCUGCAGACCACUACUCUCCGUAUUCCGGCCGGCACUUACACCUCGUGUCCGACAAGCUUCGUUCAGCUUCGCGGCCUGAUCUCAGUCGAGGCCGCUGGUGGGCCCGACUCUGUGGUGAUCGACUGCGAAGACGCUCCUGGCGUUCGGCUGUUUGACAUUCUUGAUCCGUACGAUAGUGUCGGGUCAAGUCAUGCAACGUUCCGCGGCCUAACCUUUACUGGCAUCUCAGCCAUACUCGCCCCGUUUCAGGUGCGAGACACCGCGACUCUCGAGUUUGUCGACGUCGCCAUCCAGAGCUCGACCGUGACCGGCGGCUCCGGCGCCAUCAGAGUCCGUAACUCGGCCACGUUCAUUGCGACCCGCGGCCGCUUUGUCGACUGCACGGCUGUCGAAAACGUCGGCGGCGCCAUCGAAGCUGCGACUGGUUGGGUCCGCGUCAACGGAACCCGCUUCGAGCGGUGCUCCGCGACUGUCAACAAGGGGGGUGGGGCCAUUUAUGGCAACUCUCUUGACAUUCGCAACGCGCGCUUUGAGGAUUGCUCAGCUGGCGAGUCUGGUGGUGCCAUUAGCAGCACAGGCUCGCUUGCUGUUUCCGGCACCACCUUUGUCGACUGCUCUUCCGGCGCCAGCGGAGGAGGCAUCUCCACCAGUGUCACCUCAUCACUGAUGGUCGAGGACUCCACCUUUGAGCGGUGUACCUCAGCCUCUGACGGCGGCGCUAUUGUUCAUCGCGGCGUUACGGCGGGCUUGCGAGGAGUUACCAUCACCGACUGCUCAGCGGCCUUCCUCGGCGGUGCAGUGCUUGUCGAAGUCGACCAAGCCAGCAUUGGGGUCUCGAACACAGUCAUGGAAUCGGUUUCGAUCUCGUCGUCGACUGCCACAACCGGUGGCCUGCUUGCGUGCGCCGCGCACGUUGCCGGGGCAGACACACUAACCGUUCCAUCACAGAUUCCGUUUGCGACACCGACGGCCAACAGUCUGGUUCUCGACGGCGUCACGCUCGACAACGGCGCGGCGUCGUUUGUCGGCGGCGCCAUCUUUGAGUGUCAGUGCGCCAUUUCGCUUGCCGGCGCCGGCAUCACCUCGCUCUCUGGCGCCACUGCUGGAACGGCUGGUGCCAUCGGGUUCUCUUGCGAUCCGGCAGCGGCCUCGUUUGGCGUCUCAGGCCCACCGGGCGCCAAACUUGGGACGCUCACUGGGCCGCAGCUGACCAGCUACGGACCAGGAUGGGCAACACCGGCGGCGCAGCUCGAGUUUGCCACCGUCUUGCCGAGCAAGGUUGGCUCGGCGCUACCGCUCACCGGCGUUGCCGUCCGCCUAGUUGACGCCUUUGGCACGAGACUCGUCGACAGCGGCAUCACGGUAUCGGUAUCUGAGCAAAGCGGUGUGUUCAUUGUGUUGGCGCCUGGGCCUUUCCGCGGCGACAACGGAACGUUUCCGCUCGACUCGACCGGCAUCGCACUUGCCGGCCCACCGCCGUUUGCGGCGAAGACCGCCGCCGUCGAGCUGACGACCACCACGGCAUCCGGCGUCCGGCCGGAGCUGCCGCCGCUGUCCACAGUCGUCACCGUCGGGCUUUGUCCGGUUGACUACGGAGCCAUUGACUUGACGGUGACAACUCAGCUGACGUGUGCGCCGUGCGAGCCUGGACGGAUCUCCAAUCAAGAGAGCGUUGAACCGUGUGACGUGGCCCAGGCUUGCCCCGAGAAUAUGGUGCUGGAAAACCUGGUCGAGAACACGUGUGUGUGCGAGAGUGGCUUUUGGGCCCGCCCUGGCCGCGACGACCGUGAUCCAUGUGAGCCAUGUCCGCGAGGCGGCCGCUGCGUCGGAGACCUCAACCCCCCGGUUCCACAGGCCGGGUUCUUCCCCGAUGGACCGGGCCGCUUCCUGGUCUGUCGCCGCAAGGGCGCGUGUGUCGGUGGCUCGCUUCUCCAGCCGUGCGCCCGCGGGCACGAGGGCUUUCUUUGCAACAAGUGCCAGACCGGGUUCUUCUCUGAUCCAGAGCGACAGUGCCGCGAGUGCCCGGCGUCGCCGGGCGGUGUCUUUGGUGGAUUUCUCGUUGGCCUCGCCCUGGUUGCCGUCGGCAUCGGCGCGGUGUUGGUGUGGCUGCUAGCGCGUGCGCGGCGGCUUGCUGCUCUCGCGGCCGGGGCAUCCAAGGGCGCCAACAUCCGGGCGUUCCGGACCCAGAUUGUCCCGGCCUCCCUCUCGAUGGUCCUGGUUGCCUUUCAGGUUGUCGGCAUCCUCUCCGAGGCCAACUUUGAGUGGACGAGCGCGUCACGGCAAGUCCUUGCCGUCUUUAACGUCUUCAACGUGGACACCUCGCUGUUCGCUUCCGAGUGUGCGCUCGCCAACUUUCAUGUCAAGUACGCCGUCUCGCUUCUCUUCCCGCUCCUCUUUCUCGCCGCCGUGGUCCUCACCAUGAUCAUCCUGCGCUCGCGGUUGGGCUCGCUUGCCGGCGUGAGCAUCCGGGCGCUCAUCGACACAUCGGUUUUCUCCCUCGCACCCCUGGCAUACAUCCCGCUCUGCAGGUCGUCGUUUGUGCUCUUUGACUGCGUCAAGCUCACCAACGGUGACUUUGUCCUGGAUCCGGAUCCGGGCGUGGCCUGCUUUGACUCGGCGUGGUGGAGCGUGGCCCCGAUCGGCAUUGCUGCAGUUCUCGGCUUUGUCAUCGGCCUCCCUGUCUACUUUGUCUGGUCGUUGUGGGCCUCGCGCAACUCGCUCUUUGAGCCCGAGACAACCGCGCGGCUCGGCGCGCUGUAUCGUCUUUACCGGCGGGCGUACUACUGGGGCGAGGUGGCCAACCUCGCGCGGCGACUCGCGCUUGUUGUGGCUUCGGUCUUCUUCUCCGAGGCGCAGCUCGUGCAGCUGGCACUGAUGAUGAUGGUUCUUCUCUGGUGGGUCUUUGCCGUCGCCACGCUCAAGCCGUACUACUUUCCGCUGUACAACUCGGUCGACAUGCGGCUCAACAUAGUGCUUGUCGCCAUUGUCAUGCUUGGUGCGGGCUCAUACGCCGAACGAAAUGCGACGUCAAGCAACACAUUCCUUCUCGUGGCCACCGUCGCCGCGGUCGUCAUCCUCGUCGGCGUCUCGGUCGUUGCUAUUGCCGUCGACAUCAAGCGAAUUGUUCAGACCCGGAACGCCACGUAUCUGGCUGCCGCCGAGCGCCAGCACAAGUUGAUGGGCACCAUUUCUGUCGAGCUUCGGGACAUCGAGGCCAACCCGGAUGUCCUUCGCGCCGCCGGAGAGUUUCUGGGCACCCUCCGUGCCCUGGCGGAUGGCAACGGUGGUGGUACCGUUGGUGCUGCCACGACCUUGGCCGCCUCGCCGUCCACCGCAGGCCUUCUGGGCGAGUGCGAGUUUGAGAGCGGUAUCGAGCUCGAUGAACUAUAGUUUCGAGUAAGCGUAGUGUAUGUGUGUAAUGUUGAAAGUGCAUGUGCGCGA